GUGGACAAAUAUAUAAUCAAGAAGAAACUGAUUCGUGAAAGACUUUUGACUCUCUCUUUCUCUCUCUCAGUGGCAAUGUCUUCAGCAGCAAACUCUUCCACUCAAAUUCAAAGAUCUCUCAAGUACCGUCUCCGAAAGGGAGAAAAUCUUUACGGCUUGUUUCUCCUCCCACUCUCGCCGGAGAUCGCCGAGAUUGCUGCGUUCUCAGGAUAUGACUUCAUCAUCAUAGAUCUGGAGCAUGGAGCAGGCGGAAUUCGCGAGGCACUCAACUGCAUCCGCGCCAUUGAAGCCGCAGGUUGCUCAGCUGUUAUUCGUGUCCCUGACAUUAGUCAGGCUUGGGCCAAAAAGGCAUUGGAUCUCGGAGCCGGCGGGAUCAUGUUUCCGAUGGUGGAGAAUGGACGAUCUGCUUCUAACGCAGUGUCUUUUUGCCGGUACCGUCCUGAUGGCGUCCUGAUGGUGUUCGGGGAGCGUGUACACCGUCGUGAGGGACUCCAAGUUCGGGUGAAGUCAGCGAUGAGGACGGCGGAGACAGCGGUGCUGGCUUCUGAUCAGGUGAACGGAGGAUCUUAUUUGGCAGGGAUGGCUACGGCUCAGGACACCGCCUUGGAUCUCUGGUCACGUGGGUACCAAAUUGUUCUCGGUUCAGCUGACGUCUCCUUGUUCAAGAAGGCUGCCGUUGAUGACGUCAAGGCCAAUAAGAAGGCUGUGGUUAAUGUCAAAGGGGUUUAG